ACAAUAAUAAUAAUAUAAUCGAGAGGUGAGAUCGAGAAGAAAACAAACAAAAAGAUCAUCAGCGCCACCCCUCUCCCUCCAAUCCAACCUUCUGUGUGUUCUUUAUCGUUUCUUGCCUACACCAAAUCUAGAUUCUUUUUUUUUUUUUAUAAAAAGAAAAAUUCAGUCAAAUCUCAGCUACCCGUUUUUCGGGUGAUUAGUUUAGUCAAUUCGAAUCUUUUUCUUCACUCGCUUCAUCCCCUGUUUUUCUCAAAUCUUUCCCUUUUGUUCUCCUCAUUGGUGCUGCUACUCUGCUUCAUAAAGUGAGAGAUGGUUGCUUUUGGGAAGAAGUUGAAAGACCGACAGAUCGAAGAAUGGAAAGGAUAUUACAUCAAUUACAAGCUCAUGAAGAAAAAAGUAAAGCAGUAUGCUCGCCAGAUUGAGGCCGGAGGACUUGAGCGUAGAUAUGUUCUCAAAGACUUCUCAAGAAUGCUCGAUAACCAGAUUGAGAAGAUCGUUCUUUUUCUAUUGGAGCAACAAGGGCUGCUUGCAAGCAGGUUAGAUGAUCUCGGGAAACAACAAGAUGCUCUUCAAGAGGAACCGGAUUUUGCAAAAAUUUCUGAUUUACGAGAAGCCUAUAGAGACGUUGGAAGAGAUUUAUUAAAGCUUUUGUAUUUUGUCGAGAUUAACGCCAUUGGUUUACGGAAGAUUCUCAAGAAAUUUGACAAACGUUUCGGUUAUAGAUUUACUGAUUAUUACGUCAAAACACGGGCUAAUCAUCCUUAUUCUCAGCUACAACAAGUCUUCAAGCAUGUGGGUUUAGGGGCGGUGGUAGGAGCGAUAUCGCGUAAUCUUGCGGAACUUCAGGACCGACAAGGGAGCUACUUAUCGAUUUACGAUCAACCCGCUCUUCCUCUACAGGAUCCCGUAAUCGACACGAUAAAAGCCGCAGUCGACAGAUUAAGUUACUCAACGAAUUUCCUCACGUUUUUGGGCCAACAUGCGCUUAUUAUGCAAGAGGAAUUACCAGCGCCUUCAGAAGAAACCGUUGAUGAUCAACGAUACCACUUUAUGUCACUUUUGUUGAAUCUUGCAAACACGUUUCUUUAUAUGGUCAACACGUAUAUCAUCGUCCCGACAGCCGAUGAUUAUUCUAUGAGCCUAGGAGCUGCCGCAACGGUUUGUGGGAUCGUUAUUGGAGCCAUGGCUGUUGCCCAAAUAUUUUCGUCCGUUUAUUUUAGUGCGUGGUCUAACCGAUCGUAUUUCAGACCGUUGGUGUUUAGCAGCAUCGUUCUUUUCAUAGGGAAUGCCAUGUAUGCAAUGGCUUAUGAUUUUAACUCGAUUGCAGUGCUUUUACUUGGUCGUUUAUUUUGUGGUCUUGGUUCAGCUAGAGCGGUGAACCGGAGGUAUAUCAGCGACUGUGUACCGCUAAAAAUCCGGAUGCAGGCUUCAGCGGGUUUUGUUAGUGCUAGUGCUCUAGGAAUGGCAUGUGGGCCCGCCCUUGCGGGUUUGCUACAGUUCAAAUUCAAAUUUUAUAACAUGACCAUUGACCAGAACACGUCACCUGGCUGGCUUAUGGCGUUUGCAUGGUUGAUUUACCUCGUUUGGUUGUGGAUAUCGUUUAGAGAACCCGCGCAUCCAACCGAGGAGAAACAUGAACCCGAAUCUACUUCCGGUCAAGCCAAUAGUGAUGUUCUUGAAAAAGGUGUAACGGAACCGUUGCUAAUAAGCUCAGAACCACACCAAGAUGAAGAAGAAGACGCGGAAUACGAUGGUAGUGAAGAAACUUCAGAAGAUUCACGUGCACCCAUUAAUUCUAUUGGAGCCGCAUACCGAUUACUCACACCUUCCGUGAAGGUUCAACUAUUGAUUUAUUUCAUGUUAAAAUACGCAAUGGAGAUUUUGUUAUCAGAAUCUAGCGUUGUUACUACGUAUUACUUUAAUUGGACUACCGGAAAAGUUGCGAUCUUUCUUGCGUGCCUUGGGUUGACUGUUCUUCCGGUCAAUGUUGUUGUUGGAAGCUACAUUAGUAACAUGUUUGAAGACCGACAAAUUUUACUCGUCUCCGAAAUCGUGGUUUGUCUUGGCAUUCUCAUGAGCUUUCAUAUUAUUAUCCCGUAUUCCGUCCCGCAAUACGUCAUUUCAGGACUCGUUAUGUUUGUCUCCGCUGAAGUAUUAGAAGGUGUGAAUUUGUCGCUUCUGUCACGUGUGAUGUCAUCAAGGCUCUCUCGUGGGACGUUCAACGGAGGAUUACUAUCAACAGAAGCGGGAACAAUCGCUCGAGUGAUUGCUGACGCGACAAUCACGUUGGCUGGCUAUUUAGGGGAGAGCAGGCUUUUGAAUGUGACUUUGCUGCCAUCACUUGUGAUAUGCAUCAUGUCGAUCGUCGCCACUUGUUGCACCUACAAUUCUCUCUACUGAUGAUUAUCAUCAUAUAUGUGGUGUGUAUGAUUUUUUGACAUUUAUAUUCAUUUGUAUGCAUUCAUAUCGGACAGGCUGUUAUUUAUUUCUUUUUUUUUUUUUAUAAAAUAUGGGAUUUUGCAGUUUUGGAGCUGGGUUUUGUUACAUUAUUCUCCUAUUAAAUUCAUAUUUUUACAGUUAUAUUAA